GAGGCUUCAAGAAUUCUUCAAAAGAGCAGGAGAACAGCCCCCAGGGACAGAUGUAUUUAGAUAACAAAGAUGACACUACAAUUUCUAGACAAGAGAUGGAGCUGAAUCAGACCUCUUUACAUCAAACCAAUCUAUCUGCAAAGGUGGCGGCCAAACCAGUGACCAGAAGUUGCAAUGAGCUGCAACUAUUAAAAGAGUAUCAUGGCAUGGUAGCAAGUCUUGGAGAGCCACAGAGCCUCUGUGAAAAAUCAGCAAUGGAGGAGGAUGGCUGCAUUACUCUGAGGAAGGAUUUUACUCCUGUGCCCAUGCAGGGAAGGUACCACUUCAAUUUUUCCAAAUUAUUCAGCUCAAGGUCAAACAACACUGGCUUUACAGAGAAGACACCGCUACUGAAAGUUUCCUCAGAGGAAAAUAGGUUUCAGCGCAUGGCUCUUCAUAAUCCAGAUUUUACCACAGAUGAUGAUUCAUGGGACAACAGCUCUGCAGAAUUUGAGCAAAGGUUCCAACUGGGAAGUGAAAUGACAAGUUUGUCCAGAUCUGCUUCUUCUGAGAAAUAUGAAAUCUUGGACAACCUUCACAUCAAGUUCAAUUUACCAAAGAUGAGAUGCUGUCUAAAAUUCCUAAAAGUUUCAGGCCUUUUUGUCUUUGUAGUUGUCUGCUCUAUUUUGUUUGGCAUUUAUCCAGAUCAAAGUACAUCCUGGCAAAUGUUGGCUGUAUCACCUCUGGAAAGCUUCUCUAUGAAUCUGACUGAUUUUCGUGAUUCUGCUCUGUUGAAGUUAGACAUAGGAGGGCCAUUUGUAGCAGGUGUAGUUGAUCAGCAAAUAGAGGAAUACAUUGUAGUACAAAUCAAUCAGACUGAGGAUGCUGGAUCAAGGAGGAGACGCCAGCAGCAGGUGAUAUACAACUGGUCUCUACCAUUAAGUUCAAGAAGAAAUGAUCAAAUCAUCACAACUAGAACCUUUCAGAUACCAAACAGAGGCACCACCUUCAUAAACAUUCAAGCCUUCCUACAGGAACCUGGAAGUGUUCCUCUCUCCAUGAAGCAUCAAUACCUUCAUGCAACUGUAGAGGCACAAGUAACAAUUGCAUCCAUCAUCUUAUUAGGUGUCUACAUGCUGAUCAUACUGGAAAUUGUUCACAGAACCCUUGCAGCGAUGCUGGGGUCUUUGGCGGCUUUAGCCACCUUAGCUACUGUUGGGGAGAGGCCAAGUAUGGUCAAAGUGGUAGAAUGGAUUGAUUAUGAGACAUUGGCGUUGCUCUUUGGCAUGAUGGUUUUGGUAGCCAUAUUUUCAGAGACUGGAUUCUUCGACUACUGUGCAGUAAAGGCUUAUCGAUUAUCUAGAGGCAAGGUGUGGGCCAUGAUUACACUUCUGUGCCUCAUUGCUGCAAUUCUUUCUGCAUUUCUGGACAACGUUACUACUAUGCUGCUCUUUACUCCAGUAACCAUAAGGCUCUGUGAAGUGCUUAAUCUGGAUCCUAGGCAUGUCCUGAUUGCAGAAGUAAUCUUCACAAAUAUUGGAGGGGCUGCCACAGCUGUUGGAGAUCCUCCAAAUGUGAUUAUUGUUUCUAAACAGGAGCUGAGAAAGGAGGGAUUGGAUUUCGCAGCCUUCACAGGGCAUAUGUUUGUUGGUAUCUGCCUUGUUGUUCUGGUGUCCUUUCCAUUUCUCAGACUUCUUUACUGGAACAAAAAACUUUACAAUAAGGAGCCGAGUGAAAUUGUUGAGCUGAAACAUGAGAUCUAUGUUUGGAGACUGACUGCACAGCGCAUUAACCCAGCCAGCAGAGAGGAGACUGCUGUGAAAUGCCUCUUGAUGCAGAAGGUGCUGACUCUGGAGAUGCUUCUGAGGAAGAAGCUGAGGACUUUUCACAGGCAAAUUUCACAAGAAGAUAAAAACUGGGAAACAAAUAUUCAGGAACUUCAGAAAAAACACAGAAUAACAGACAAAAUUCUUCUCAUCAAAUGCUUGACCGUGCUGGGAUGUGUUAUUCUUAUGUUUUUUCUCAACUCGUUUGUUCCAGGCAUCUACCUCGAUCUUGGCUGGAUUGCCAUGCUGGGAGCCAUUUGGCUGCUAGUGCUAGCAGACAUCCAUGAUUUUGAGAUGAUAUUGAACAGAGUUGAGUGGGCAACCCUCCUUUUCUUUGCAGCAUUGUUUGUUCUCAUGGAGGCAUUGGCUCAUCUGCACUUAAUAGACUACAUAGGAGAGCAGACAGCUUUAUUAAUAAAGGUGGUUCCCGAGGACCAGCGUUUGGCAGUGGCCAUCAUUUUAGUGCUCUGGGUGUCUGCUUUGGCCUCCUCUGUGAUUGACAAUAUCCCCUUCACAGCUACAAUGAUUCCUGUGCUUCUCAAUCUGAGUAAAGAUCCUGACGUUAACUUGCCUAUGAAACCAUUGAUCUUCUCAUUGGCUAUGGGUGCAUGCCUUGGAGGUAACGGAACAUUGAUUGGAGCAUCUGCAAACGUUGUUUGUGCAGGAAUUGCUGAACAGCAUGGUUAUGGCUUCUCUUUCAUGGAGUUUUUCAGGUUAGGUUUCCCUAUGAUGAUUGUCUCCUGCACCAUCGGGAUGUGCUAUCUUCUUGUUGCUCAUGUUGUGAUAGGUUGGAACUCAUAGUAAUUUAUACUUUCAAGACCCAAAGAAGCUUUCUUUUCCAUUUAAAUAGAAUAGAAUAAACCAGGUUGGAAAAGACC